AUGGAAGUCGUACUUCUGAAUACAUCACGUGAUAAUCCCUUACUAGUCUACCAAGGUUAUUCUUAUAUUCAAGAUGGAUCGUACAAAAAUAAAAUAUAUUGGAAAUGUGAACAUUCGAGAAAUCCUGCAAUCAAAUGUCAUGCACGUUUACAUACAGAUGCAGUGGCAAGCAAAGUGAUAUUCAUCAGUUCACAAACACACAAUCAUGGAAGAAAUGCUUGCAAGUUAGAAAUACGAAAAGUCUACGACGAUCUGAAACAGUGUGCAACGACAGAACAACCGAUGAAUGAUAUUAUUGUUCGUUGUACGUCGAAAAUGUCAGUUGAAGCUAGAAAAAAGCUAACAAAACUUAAACAUAUCAAAAGACUUGUACAUUAUCAUAGAAAAAAGCAGAUAAAGCCGAUAGCGAAAGAAACUCUGUCUGAUGCGAAUUUACUACUCACAAAAACGUUGAAAAACGAAAGUUUCUUACAAUACGAUUCGGGAGAAGAAUCUGAAAAUCGUUUUAUGAUAUUUAGCACGGAAGACAAUUUGCAUCUGUUGGAAGAUGCAUUGGACUUUCAUAUGGACAGUACUAGCUGCCAGUUUAUUGUACCAGAUUCAUUUUCAAAAUUUUGUAUUUUUUACGUUAAUCGAAAUAAUGAAUUUAUUCCAGCCUUAUAUGCUCUAUUAAAAAGCGAAGUGUCAUAUGAUUUAUUGUUUGGUCGGAUAUUAAUGUUAAUACCAAACUGGAAUCCACUGUUGUUCAUAUCCGAUUUUGAAAUCAAGCCUACUAACAGUGUUAGAAGAAUAUUCCCAGGAAUUAGUGUUAUUGGAUCAUAUGUGCAUUAUAAACGAAUUAUUUUCCAACGAUUACAAGUAAUUAUAUACCAUUUGUAA